UUUCCGGCGCUGCGGAGUCCUGGUCAAAAAUGGCGGCGGCGGCGGCUUCCCCGGCUUCUAGGCUCCUACGUCGGUUCCAGCCACAGCUGGCGCGGCUAAUGUCGGGUGGUGCCCACGGCGAGGAGGGCUCAGCUCGCAUGUGGAAGGCCCUCACCUACUUCGUGGCGCUCCCCGGGGUGGGAGUGAGCAUGCUGAACGUCUUUCUGAAGUCGCGCCACGAAGAGCACGAGAGGCCCGAGUUCAUCGCCUACCCCCAUCUCCGCAUCAGGUCCAAGCCCUUUCCCUGGGGAGAUGGUAACCAUACUCUAUUCCAUAAUCCUCAUCUGAAUCCGCUUCCAACUGGCUAUGAAGAUGAAUAAAGAAAAUCUGGACCACUACCCAUGGGGACCACAGCACUGGUUUGGACCAUUACUCUGCACAUGGACCAGAAAAGUGUACGGGACCUUAAGCUGACCUUCUUUCCUAGUAUAAAAUGAUGACUAGAACAUACUGAUCUUCCGUCUCUUUGCUUAUGGCAGGAGAUGGCUUAAAUAAAUAACUUACAUUGGUCACGA